AUGGACAACAGGUUGCCAACAAUAAGGAAAAUGCACACACAUCUGUAUGUACGCAUCUAUGCGGGCAGAAGUGGGUUCAGCGUCACAAUUUUCUCAAAUGCAGCAAGCAUCGUUAGCAUUAAACACAUCCGUAAGGUGAAAGCCUCAGUCAAACAAAGCACGAUGUACAAAACAAAGGGAUUCAUCGUCCACUUCCAUAAAAGUCAAUGCGGCAAUAUAACGUCGACACUUUUGGAUAAAGGGAAAUCGAGACAAUGUGCUCCAUUAACGCUUCUCAUUCAACUUAUAACGCUUUACCUCGGCACACACGACAUGCCCCCUCUCCUGACCUUCACAUGCGUUUAG